UAAUAUUCGCUAUCAUAAAGCGUAUAUUGAACAUUUCGAUAUAAUAUUUAAUGAAAAUGAACGUGUUCGUGUGUUUUGUAUUAGUUUUGUUUGUGCAAUGUGUGUUUAGUAUAGACGAAGACCUCCAUGAAAAACUACCCUAUGAGAAACCUACAACACUAAAGAGAGUUAUCAGAGCACCCGAGGGAAUCCUGAGGGCAUCCACGGGAAAUGUGGAUCUGCUGAUGUCCAUGGGAAAUGAAGAACCAGAGCCUUUGCCCCUGAACCUGUCUCCAGGGCAAGAGUACAUCUACUAUGACGCAGCGAAUGGUUCUAUGAAGCUACAUCGCACUCCUGCCAGCUGGAGUGAGGCCAGACUGAAGUGCUUUGAUGAAGGUGCUGAACUGGCUUCCCCAGAAAACGAAGCCUUAUUGUACUCCAUGAGCAGAGUACUGCUAACGAGCCGGCAGCCAGUGCUGCAAGUGUUCACAGGCGUGAACGACUUGUUGAGCAGAGGAUACUUUACUUCUCUCAAAGGUGUUCCGCUGAAGAAGAUGGCAGCAGCCUGGGCACCCAGAGAGCCAAACAACCUCAACCACUUCGGGAACUGUCUGAUCAUGCAGCGGAGUGGACCGCUGUUUGACAGCAAGUGCGAUGAUAUGUACCCGUAUAUCUGCUACAAGAGGGACCCGCCUAGCCAGAUGGCACUCUGCGGGACUACGGACACAGAAUACGUCUACAAUAAGCUCACAAAGACCUGUCACAAGAUCCACCCUCAAUUCGUCUCCUGGCAAGCAGCGUACGCCAUGUGUGACCGAGAAGGAUCGUACCUGGCUAUUGUGAACAGCGAGUAUGAAGCCAGGACUUUAGCGAGGAUGAUCAAGACGGAGUGGAUCUGGGCCCAUCUGGGGUUCAGCUAUUGGAGGGAGGGCCUGUGGGUGACUGUUCAUGGCGAGACCAUAACCGAAGCCGGUUACGACGAAUGGGCCCCCGGCGAGCCAAAUGACGCGAACGUAGAGCGUUGUGGCUGUAUCGCGGCUGACAUACCUAAGUUUGUGGACAUAGAUUGUCUGGAUCACGCGAGGCCGUUUAUUUGUGAACGAUCUGGUUCUAUGUAAAUAAUUAAUGUUAUUUUAUAUUAAAAGUACAAUUUUUAGA